AUGGGGGGGCGUAGGGGGGGGGGGGGGGGGAGGGGGGGGGGGGGGGGGGGGGGGGGGGGGGGGGUGGGGGGGGGGGGGGGGGGGGGGGGGGGGGGAAUAUUGGUUGUUGGUUUUUGGGGGGGGGGUGUGGGGGGGGGGGGGGGGGGGGGGGGGGGGGGGGGGGGGGGGGGGGGGGGGGGGGGGGGGGGGGGGGGGGGGGGGGGGGGGGGGGGGGGGGGGGGGGGGGGGGGGGGGGGGGGGGGGGGGGGGGGGGGGGGGGGGGGGGGGGGGGGGGGGGGGGGGGGGGGGGGGGGGGGUUGGGGGGGUGGGGGGGGGGGGAGGAGAGGGGGGGGGGGGGGGGGGGGGGGGGGGGGGGGGGGGGGGGGGGGGGGGGGGGGGGGGAAAAAGGGGAAGAAGAAACAUGAGCCACACCACGCGGGGAGUUGGAGAAUGGAAGGGGACAGACAACCGGGGUAG